AUGACGACGAGCUUGGCCACGCCGGGAGGCAUCUCGGAUCCGGCGCUCAUCCAGCUCGUGAACAAGCUCCAGGAUGUCUUCGUUACCAUCAACGUCAACAACCCCAUCGACCUGCCGCAAAUAGUCGUCGUCGGCAGUCAGUCUAGCGGUAAGAGUUCCGUGCUCGAGAACAUCGUUGGCAGAGAUUUCCUGCCCCGUGGCUCCGGCAUCGUGACUCGACGACCGCUGGUCCUCCAGCUCAUCAACCGGGAACCCAAGGCGCAAACGAACGGCGUUAAGGACGAGGUCGCUAAUGGCACUACCGACAAGCACGCCAACGCAGAUGAAUGGGGCGAGUUCCUACAUAUCCCUGGCCAGAAGUUCUACGACUUCAACAAGAUCCGCGAUGAGAUUAGCAGAGAGACCGAGGCCAAGGUCGGCCGCAACGCCGGCAUCUCCCCGGCCCCUAUCAACCUGAGAGUCUACUCCCCCAACGUUCUCAACCUCACCCUUGUCGAUCUUCCCGGUCUGACCAAGGUCCCCGUCGGCGACCAGCCCCGCGAUAUCGAGAGGCAGAUCCGUGAGAUGGUCAUGAAGUACAUCCAAAAGUCCAACGCCAUCAUCCUGGCCGUCACGGCGGCGAACCAGGAUCUGGCCAACUCGGACGGUCUGAAGCUCGCGCGAGAGGUGGACCCCGAGGGCCAGAGGACGAUCGGUGUCCUGACCAAGAUCGAUCUGAUGGACGAGGGUACCGACGUUGUGGAUAUUCUGGCUGGCCGGAUUAUUCCUUUGCGGCUGGGCUAUGUCCCCGUCGUCAACCGCGGUCAACGAGAUAUCGACAACAAGAAGGCGAUCUCGACUGCGCUCGAGGCUGAGAAGAACUUUUUUGAGCAGCACAAGGCCUACCGAAACAAGAGCUCCUACUGCGGUACCCCCUACCUGGCGCGGAAGCUGAACUUCAUCCUGAUGAUGCACAUCAAGCAGACGCUGCCGGAUAUCAAGGCCCGUAUCACCAGCUCUCUACAAAAGUACAACACGGAGCUGGAGAGCCUCGGGCCCUCUAUGCUCGGAAACAGCGGCAACAUUGUCCUCAACAUCAUCACCGAGUUCACCAACGAGUGGCGUACCGUGCUGGAGGGCAACAACACCGAACUCUCGAGCGCCGAGUUGUCGGGUGGUGCCAGAAUCAGUUUUGUCUUCCACGAGCUCUACUCAAACGGUAUCAAGGCCAUCGACCCCUUUGAUCUGGUCAAGGAUCCCGAUAUUCGCAUGUUCCUGUUCAACUCGUCUGGUUCCUCUCCCGCGCUGUUUGUUGGCGCCAACACCUUCGAGCUCAUCGUCAAGCAGCAGAUCAAGCGGCUGGAGGAGCCUAGUGUCAAGUGUAUCUCCCUGGUCUACGACGAGCUCGUCCGCAUCCUUACACAGCUCCUGGGCAAGCAGCAGUACAGGCGGUAUCCCCAGCUGAAGGAUAAGAUCAAUCAGGUGGUCAUCAGCUUCUUCAAGAAGGCCAUGGACCCUACCAACAAACUCGUCCGGGACAUGGUCUCGAUGGAGGCUUGCUACAUCAACACGGCUCAUCCCGACUUCCUUAACGGGCACCGCGCGAUGGCCAUUGUCAAUGAGCGACACAACCCCUCGAAGCCGGUGCAGGUCGACCCCAAGACCGGCAAGCCCCUGCCCAGCCCAUCGGCCCGCGCUGCCUCGCCCACGCUCGCCGACACGAACCUGGGUGGCGAGGACAAGGCUGGCUUCUUUGGGAGCUUCUUCUCUGCCAAGAACAAGAAGAAGGCGGCUGCUAUGGAGCCGCCACCGCCGACCCUCAAGGCUCUGGGUACGCCCACGGAGCGGGAGACCAUCGAGGUCGAGGUUAUCAAGCUGCUUAUCCAAUCAUACUUCAACAUUGUCAAGAGGACCAUGAUCGACAUGGUUCCCAAGGCUAUUAUGCUGAACCUUGUCCAGUUCACCAAGGAUGAGAUGCAACGGGAGCUGCUGGAGAACAUGUACCAGCAGGACACUCUGGAUGACCUGCUCAAGGAGAGCGACUACACCAUCAGGAGGAGGAAGGAAUGCCAGCAGAUGGUCGAGGCCCUUACCAAGGCGGCCGAGGUGGUUGGCCAGAGCGCGCGCGUGAGACUGUUGCUAGAGAUGGAGGAGCAGAGAACAGGCAGUAGGCAGGAGGAGGAGGAGGAGGAGGAGGAGGGGGAGCUGGGCAGCAGGCAGAGAUUCGGUAUGAUUGACUGA